AUGAGUCGGUGCUGUUACGGGAAAUUGUUUAACAUGAUGGAUUCAUAUAAUGAACAUGAUGAUAAAAGAGAAUUGGAAAUAAUUAUACAUAGACAAGAAAAUCAGCAUGAUGGAUGCGUACGAAUGGAAUCAAGAUCUUCUUCGACUUCCGAUGUAACAACGAUCGAUGAAAACGAUAUUGCAUGUGAAAUCGAAAUCCACCCGCAACCAUUGGAUCAUUGGGUAGAAGAUUCUUAUGCCACAGUCGUUCGUCAUACACCUGUAAUUACACCUACUACAGUGACUCCUGUAAAUACUGCAAAUCAUAAUACAGAAAUGGACAAUUUGAUUCAAGAAAAUUUAGAAGUUUAUAAUCCUCAUGAAGAAUAUGCAAAAAAACAAUUUGAUUCUAAAUUAGGUAUUGGUUAUAAUUAUUACAAUAAAGCCGUCGAAAUAGAAGAAUUUGAAGAUUUGAACAAUGGAUCAAAUCACCAAUUACUUAGUGAAACUCGUCUACGAACCAUACCACUAGAACGAUUUAUUACUGAAGAACAACAUAUAAAUGUAGAGAAUUUAAAACAUCAAUCUCAGCCGAUGCAUAAUUAUUGUGAUUCUGAAAGUUUGGUUAAAAUGAAUAUUAUACCCGAUGAUAAUUUAGAGGAUCGUACAAGGUGGCGUACUUGUCCAUCUUUGAUACUUCCAACGAGAGAAUCAAUUGAACAGCCUAGGUGUCAUGCUUGUGCAGAGGUGGUCUAUCCUUUAGAAGCUUUACAGACUAUUGGUCGAGUUUAUCAUAAAACCUGUUUCAAGUGUCAUCAAUGUCAUCGUGUUCUAAGCUUGGGCAAAUACAGUGUAUGGGAAGGCAAUCCAUACUGUGAGCCACAUUAUCUUGUAUUGUUCAAAGCCUUUGGACAAUAUAACAGUAGUUUAACAAAAACUCCAAUACUUGACGCUUCAUCUCAUGUUCAGCAAGAAGUUUCCAGGAUCGAACGGUCAACAUCAAAUGUAACUCAAACAUUAGUAGCCAAAUUUCAAGAAUUAGAAUCUGGAAAUAAUACAACUAGUAUACAAAAUUCUCUACCACAGAAUCAACCACCACAUAGAAUCUAUUUUAACUCCACUCAUACAGGACCAACCAGUGCAAAUGGUGAUGUUUUUCCGUCGUCAGGACGUGCUCGUCAAUUAGUAGAACGUUGGAAUAAGUUGCCUUUGGAAAAUCAACAGACUGUUGGUCGAGUUACGUCUGAAAUAAACGGGAAUCCUCAUGUCUUGAACCAACGGAAAUUCAUUCCUGUGGAACCCAAACCAUCAGCUAGGAAACCUGUCGAACAAAAACCGAAACAAUUAGUCAGUGAAUUAAAACAAAAUUUCAGUCAUAAACCUGAAGAUGAAGCUUACUGUUCCUCCGAGUCUACUGAAUGCGCUAAAAUUGGUCAGUACCAUAGCACAAAUGGUAAAACGAGUGAAUUUCCAACUCCGGGUAUUACACGAAAUCUAGUUGCUAAAUUUUCUGCCCUUUCUGCUGCAUCCUAACUUAUGUCAUAUUCUCAAAACUUUUUUUCUUACCAAAAAUAGUAGCGUAAUUUUAAUGACGAUGACGAUAAUGACUAUUAAAGCAAUUUGGUCAUAAUUAAUAGGGACAUAUUUUUCCCUAACAGUUUUUUUUUUCAAUUUUAUUUUCAAGUUAAUGAUUGCUAAUACUCUUUUAUUACAACUUUUAUUGCUAUUAUUAUCAUCCUUGUUACAGUCUAUCUCUUCAUAUUGGUCUACUUUUUCAUAACAACAGAUUUCCAUUAUCUUAAUCAUUUCAUUUCUGGUCUAUUCAUUACGCUUAAAUUAUUAAGUAUUUAUUUGAUGUUGUUGUUACUACUUAGAUUUCUGUUCAUUAAUAAAAUUUACUUAUAAGGGAGAAGAAUUAUUAAGCACCAUACGCUACGCUUCUGAUAUUCAUUUUUUGUCUAUAUAUAUAUAUAUAUAUAUAUAGAGAGAGAGAGAGAGAGAGGGUACCAUUUUGAUUUACCAUUGUUAGUAUCAUUUAAAUUUCUUGUCAAUCUAUAAAACUUACUCUUUUUUAACACUUGAUUUCUUUACAUAGCUUUUAUUUCUGUUAACAUAAAUUUGAUAUUAACCAUAGUUGAGUUUAUUUCGGUGGGUCUGUUUUAGUAUUUGUUAUGUCCAUUUCUACCUGUUUUACUUACCGUACAUAGUGUGUUGUCUUUUCAUAAAUGAUUCAUUUAUUUUUUUGUCUUACGAUACUAUCAAUAAUACGAAAAUUUACCCCGUUUUUCGUUGUCAUAUUCAAUGCUUCUACUUUUCUUCUUGUCUCUAUCUCUUUGUUAUUCCUUUUGAUAAUGUUUGAAUACUGAACUGUUACUGUUAACCAUUCUGUGUUUCGAGUAAAG